AUGGAAUUACACAUAUACUGGCGCAAGCCUGAAUCAGGCCCGAAAUCCGCUCAUGAUUAUGCAUUGAUAUUUGUCAAGGACGGUCAAGAAGGAUGUUCUGUAAAGAGGAUGAUAAAGAAGAAACGAAAAUAUCUUGAGCUACCAGGCACGAGUUACAGCUCGGAUAUCCUCACUGCUGCAAUAGAAUCUAUGUUUGGGCUUUCUAAAGUCUUGGAUAUUCGAGUAUUGACCCUAUCAAUGUAUUCACCAAAUUCACGGUUGGAAGCUCUUUUAGCCGAGCAACCAUCUUCACAACAAAUAGCGAGAAAAGAGUUCACCUUGGACUUUGAAGGCGAACCCUCAAUCACGAAUCACUUCUUGAGAUUUCUGAAACCUGGGUGUGGAAUAAUCGUCUUGAAAGAUACAUCUACAUCGGAAGUUAUUGAAGAGCCUGAGUUAUUCAAUCACAAUAUUUUUCGGUGCGCCCGUAAGAUCACACUUUUCGGUUGGAAAGCGGGAAUGACAGAUGAACAGCUUGUUCAACUUGCAGCAGAUAAUAUUUAUAUCACUGCACCUCAUAUCACAUCUCGAGCUAUCAACAAGCUUGUUCGAGAAUGGCUGGAAGGAAAACGCACAAUCAACUCCAUAGAUCUGGCAGAGGUGCAGAUAAACAUGACACUUAUUCUGCAAAAUCUCGAUCCAAAUGCGAUCAUGCAGUUCAAAGACUUUCUCAAACUGAUGGUUGACGGAUCGGAUCAAAACGGUCCUGAAAAAAGCAAAAUCUCCUUAGAGAUGCGAUCCCAGAUCAAAGACUAA